AUGGCUGCGAUUCAGCUCACCGUUGACCCUCGUUGGGAGUAUUACUCGACCUCCUCAUCACAUCCAGCACAGGCCUCCGCUCUCUGCCCGGAAGCUGCUUACGUCUCAUUGAGGCUUCCUACCCCGGGUUCAGACAAUGGACGUAGUCCCUCAGAUUCUCUUAUUAUCCAUCGCGUUGUAUUUACCACCGAGUCUCACGACCAAGGCUUCAGCGACAACGAAGGCGACAUCGGCACCUACCGCGGCUCCAACUCCUUCUUCGAGGCUCAUGUAUCAGACCCAUCUACUGGGGCUCUCCGUGUGCCACAGCGCCGCAUACAGUAUAAUUAUCACGCAAGCGACGUGUUCCGCACCCACACAAACGUCUGGGACAGGCGCGACGAGGCCUUGGCUGAGGCCGGCCCCGGUGCUGCCGCCUGGGUUCAUAGGGUAGAAAGCAAGGGCCUGUCACUGGCUGAGUGGCUGGGGGAACUCCGUGGAGGUGAUGUUAUCAUGAUCGUCCCCAAGGCGUGGUAUCCCGGAUGGACCAACGUCGUGCGGUUCGCUCGGAUCGAGGUCUGGGGCGACUUCGUCUCAACCCGACCGUCUGUACACCAACCUCUAUUCGGGACGACUGACAAAAGUCAAGACUUCUAUCGGCCAUUGAGUUUCGACAAAAAGGAGAUUCGGCUGGUCGUAGUUGAGCCCGAUGACCGUGGCGCAAGCGAGGAUGCCACUCUCCGGUUGUCACUCCAAUAUUCAUCACUGGAGGAUCUAGACCAUGUCCCAUAUGACGCACUUUCGUACUGCUGGGGAGACUCUGCAGAAAGAGAGGCAGUUCUACUCAGUGAUGGUGAGUUAGGGCUGAAGAACACCGAGAUUUACGUUCGGAGGAACCUUGCAUCAGCCCUUCGGCACCUCAGGUCUUUGGGCAACCGAGCAGUGCUUUGGGUCGACCUUCUCUCCAUCAACCAAGCCGAUCCCGCGGAACGUUCUCAUCAAGUCGCAUUGAUGGGGGAGAUAUUCGCAUCCGCCCGGUCGGUCCGGGUGUGGCUUGGAGAGGCGGAUGACUUGGUGACCGAGGAUUUUGGUGUCGUUCGAUCAGUUGCCCAGCGAUAUCACGAAAGGCUGAGGACCAACCCUGAGCUCGGACUCCCAACUUCGCGGCAAGCGCAUGAGGUCAUCGCCCACGAAACCUUCAUCUAUGUAGACGCCGACUCCAUCUUCAUUCGGCCCUGGUUCCGACGUGUCUGGGUGUUGCAAGAGGUCUGGAACCCGCCGUCCGGAACGAAGAAAUCGCAGCGUCAAGUGACAGUACACUGCGGGCAAGAACAGCUACCGUGGGAGGACAUUGCGCAGGCGAAUCGCUGUGUUUACGAUCAGCUCAAGUACCUCAACAAUUAUACUAUGCCGCGGCUGCUUACGGGCUUGUUCGACAUUACUCGAGAUCGAGAAUCGUCCGUCCUGACUUGUGUUCCCGCCGACCGCCGCGACAUUCUGAACAUCGUCCUGGAAGGGCUUGAUCUCCAGGCCACCGAUCCCAGAGACAAGAUAUUCGCGCUGCUCAUCUUUGGCCAUGAGACUCACCAGAUUGCCACGCUGCCAACCUUGAUCAGGCCGGACUACACCAUCAGCGCCGGGCGAGUGUACGCUGACUUCACACGCUGGUGGAUACUCCAGCAUCGGUCGUUGCGCAUUCUAUCAGCCGUCCACGCUCUCGAGGGCAGGCAAUGGCUCCAUCUCCAGUCGCACGACAGGAAUCUACCCCAACAGCGUAGCCCUUCCUGGGCUCUCUGGUCAGCGGGCCACAGCUCCUGGGUAAGGGGUACACUCGCCCUUCAGGACGAAGUCUGCGUAUAUCGGGCCUGCGGUGACCGCAAGGCCAUCGAUGAUGAACUCCUGACGCUACCCGCGGCAGCCAGCAGGGAUGAAGUCGACGGUUUUGCCAUGAAGCUCAAGCUCAGGGGCGUGCGGCUUGGUUCGAUCGCGGCCGAGCCAGCCCACUAUCCAUACUUUCAGCAGCCACCCUUGUCGGCAGGUCUCCAGGAGGCGUACAUGCGAAUCUUCGACCCCCCGGGUACCCUUGGGACGUGGCAGAAUGCACGCAGCGCCAGGGGAGAGCUAGGAAAUCACGAUAUUCACUACAACGCCCUGCUUCGGCACUAUAUAGCACAUUGGGAGACAUACCCGCCUGACCCGCUCAGUGACAGCGAUUCUCAGAGUGAUGCCCAGAGUGGUUCCGACGACUCUUCCCGAUGUGAUUCAAGCAAUGAGGAGCAGCCGGCCUGGCUCCCUUGUCAUGGAAAAUGUAUGUUCACGACUGAGGAUGGCGGACUUGGACUCUGUCCCGCGGCGGCCAUGGCAGGAGAUGUGAUAGUAGUCUUGUAUGGCGGAGACGUGCCCUACUUGUUGCGACCAUCCGGACAACCGGGAACGUAUCGCUUUAUUGGGGAGUGUUAUGUUGAUGGCGCCAUGAGUGGUGAGGCAUUUGUCCCUGAUAGAAAUUUGGUCGAGGAAAUAUUUGUGUUAGAAUAA